AUGCAGACUACUGCCGCCCCGGGGCGCAGCCGCUCAGUCUCCGCUCGGGUCUCCGGCCGGGAGCGCCGCGGCCUCGGCCCGUCCGCCGCCCGGCGGAUCCCCUCGGGCCUGGGAGUUCGAGGCUGGCCCUUAGGGGAGGGCCUGGCUCGCUCGGGGCUCCUGGGCCAGGCGGACACACCCCGCGGGCAGCAGGAGAGCUGGAGGUGGCUGAGGGCGCCGGGCGCAUCCCCAGCCCCAUUGCGCAAGACGGUCGCAGUGGGCGGCCUGAAGCGUAAAGGAGAAAAGAAAAAACACGUCCCCAACAAGCCGGAGCCGAGUGAGAGCCAAACCGACCAGGUGGGCCGCCGGCCCAGCUACCGCGUCCGCUGGAAGAAGGGAAGGGCAGCUUUCGCCCCAGCCACGGCUCAGAGGGGCGCGCGAUUCCUUCGCCCACAACCCCAUGGCGCGUGGCGGCAGCUUCGGCUUUCCCGCACCAGAGCAACAGAUGCGCUUGUGAAAAGGCUCAGUAAGGGGCGUCCCAGCAGCCCGCCGGAGGAGCACACGAUGCCAGCACACCCACACUUGCUCACACGUGUUGUGCAUCAGCCAAGACUUCCUGGCGAUGCCCCAUCCCGUGUUCGGAAUUAGGUAAGUUCCUAACGCCGUCCACCUGGGCCCGGCCCUGGGCUGCCUGGCACCCUCCUCCCUCGCCGUCAAGGAUAAACACCCGAGGAGCAAA